GUUCACUGUGUCUCCGUGACGGGGCGCACACUUUUGCUCCUAAACUGCACUUUAGUGUGAUCCGAGCGCAUGGAGGAGCCGGAUCUGAGCGACACUCUGCGGGAGGCGCACUCACACUUCCACCAACACGACUUUAAACAGGCGGAGCAGCUCUACUCUCACUUUAUCAGCCGCUGUUUACUGAGCAGGAGUUGUGACACGAGUGAUUUGGCCACUGCCUACAACAACCGCGGGCAGAUCCGGUACCUGCGUGUGAACUUCACUGAAGCUGUGGAGGAUUACACCUGCGCCAUACAGGCUCAGGGAGAGUUUGAGAUCCCAUACUACAACCGGGGACUCAUCCACUACAGGCUGGGUUUUUAUGACGAUGCCAAGAAGGACUUUGAGGAGACUCUGAGACUGAACCCGGACUUUGAAGAGGCCAAAGUGAGUCUCCAUCAGACACUGUUGGACCAGAAGCACAAGGAGACCCGGGGGUACUGAGAGCGGAUCAGAGGAGGACUGAACUGGACAGAGGAGUGCAGUCCACAUACUCUGAUCACAUUUAUUUGUACAUUAUUUGUAUAGGUUUGAAAGAACUAUUGAAAAGAAAAUAAGAAACCUUAAAUGAACCCUCUUAAAUUAUGGUUCUCCACAAAUAAUAAUGAAAGAUACAUUAAAUGAAUAAAUGAAGUAUGCAUUCACUAGAUACUUGAUUACACAUGAAUAAGUGACAGCCUCACACGCACAGACACAAAGGUCAUUACGUGAUAAAACAAUAGAGAAUGGACCACUUUGGCCACAUUCACUCGAAGGGAAUAAUGUUCACAUCUUACGACGUCUUCAUGAACAAUGUCCUUUUGCCAGACUCAUCCUCUGAUGUGAACACUCAGCUCCUCUUGUGCAUCCAGUGAGCAGGUAGUGCACCCAUAUUAUUCCCCUUAGAAACAACAUUACAAUUUGCAAGCGGAAUAAAAGUUCCAUUAAAUAAAAAUGAAAUGAAUAAACAUGAAACACAUUUGA